AUGAGGCGAGUCCCGCACCCGUCCGGGGUGGACGUCGUCUUUGACGCCAAGUGGCACCAGUACAAAGUCGGCCACACAGCCCUCCGCUCGGUGUCGAAGGUGCUGGACAAAUACUUCCCCUUUGACGAGAAGCGGGUGCUGGCGCUGGUGUCGAAAAAGACAGGGCAGCCCGUGGAGGACGUGAAGGCGCUUUGGAACCGGCAGGCGCUGCUCGGCAAAAACAUUCACGAGUACAUUGAGACGAAACUCCGCGGGCUGCCACCGCCCACGUGGACGCUGCUGCUGAAACGCCAGCAGCAACAGGCGGCGGCGGCGGCGGCGGCGGCGAAGGAGGAACCGGUGAAAAAGAAGCGUGGCAGGAAGAAAAAGAAGGCGGCCGCCGCCGCAGAAGCUGACGAGAAGGAGCGGGGGGAAGCAGCCUCCCUGUCAACGGCGUCCAGUCAGUCGACGGUGGAUGCCCUCCUGCACGGCGAGGAGGCCGCCUACAUGAAGGCGGCGGACGGCGUGAUCGAGACCAUCCUGGGCAACUACGACGUCAUCGCCGUCGAGCAGGUGAUCGCGAGUCCCUCGUGGGGCAUCGGUGGCACCGUCGACUUAAUUGCCCGCAACAAACGCACACAGAAGCUUUUCAUUGGGGACUGGAAGACAAGCAGCAGCGUGGCGAGCGCGUUUCGCUUUGGCUCCUUUGAAACUCCCUGCACCGGCUGCCUCAUGCACCUUCCCAACACCAAAUUCUACCGCUAUGCUAUGCAAGUCAUCAUCUACGGUGAGAUUCUCAAGCAUGAGCGGUACCUUAGCGAUGGCUUCUUUGGCCGCGCCGUGAAGCCGGUAGAUGCCUCGGUGAAGGGCAUCACUGUGAGUUCCCGCAGCCUGCACAGCGCGCUGGAGUACGGCAUUGUGCAGCUCUCCAAGAAUGAGGAGGGCGGGGUCUGCGUGGAGUUCAAAGAAGUCACAGAGGGCACUGUGCUGCCCGUCGACGCGCGCGACUUCACGUUCAGGGAGCUGCUGAAGAAUGUCAUGCGCGGGUGA